GGUCUCCCGGAGCUGAUGUGUACUGUGUGCGCCCGGGACGCGCCGGCUUGUACUCUGCAGCGCGGGAAUGAAGUUUGCUGAUUUGGUGUCUAGCCUGGAUGCCUGGGUUGCAGGCCCUGCUUGUGGUGGCGCUCUACAGUCAUCCGGCUGAAGGAGAAGACCUGUUGGACUUUAUCUUCUCAGGUUUUUUUCAGAUAUUGUUUUAUAUUUACCCAUGAAGACAUUGUUUUUUUGGACUCUGCAAAUAGGACAUUUCAAAGAUGAAUGAAAAAAAAUUGGAAACAACUUCACAGCAGCGGAAAUGUCCUGAAUGGAUGAAUGUGCAGAAUAAAAGAUGUGCUGUAGAAGAAAGAAAGGCAUGUGCUCGGAAGAGUGUUUUUGAAGACGACCUCCCCUUCUUAGAAUUCACUGGAUCCAUUGUGUAUAGUUAUGACGCUAGUGAUUGCUCUUUCCUGUCAGAAGAUAUUUGCAUGAGUCUAUCAGAUGGGGAUGUCGUGGGAUUUGACAUGGAGUGGCCACCAUUAUACAAUAAAGGGAAACUUGGCAAAGUUGCGCUAAUUCAGUUGUGUGUUUCUGAGAGCAAAUGUUACUUGUUCCACAUUUCUUCCAUGUCAGUUUUUCCCCAGGGAUUAAAAAUGUUGCUUGAAAAUAAAGCAAUUAAAAAGGCAGGUGUAGGAAUUGAAGGAGAUCAGUGGAAACUUCUACGUGACUUUGAUAUCAAAUUGAAGAAUUUUGUGGAGUUGACAGAUGUUGCCAAUAAAAAGUUGAAAUGUACAGAGACCUGGAGCCUCAGUGGUCUGGUUAAACACCUCUUAGGUAAACAGCUUCUGAAAGACAAGUCUAUCCGCUGUAGCAAUUGGAGUAAAUUUCCUCUCACUGAGGACCAGAAACUGUAUGCAGCCACUGAUGCUUAUGCUGGUUUUAUUAUUUACCGAAAUUUAGAAAUUUUGGAUGAUGCUGUGCAAAGGUUUGCUAUAAAUAAAGAGGAAGAAAUCCUACUUAGCGACAUGAAGAAACAGUUGACUUCAAUCUCUGAGGAAGUGAUGGAUCUGGCUAAGCAUCUUCCUGAUGCUUUCAGUAAAUUGGAAAGCCCACAGAGAGUUUCUAUCUUACUAAAGGAUAUUUCAGAAAAUCUAUACUCACUGAGGAAGAUGAUAAUUGGGUCUACUAACAUUGAGACUGAACUGAGGCCCAGCAAUAAUUUAAACUUAUUAUCCUUUGAAGAUUCAACUACUGGGGGAGUACAACAGAAACAAAUUGGAGAACAUAAAAUUUUUAUUAAUGUUGAAGAUAAAACAUGGGACCCAACACUUGAUCAUUUAGCUAAACAUGUUGGAGAAGAUGUACUUGGAAAUAAAGUAGAACGAAAAGAAGAUGGAUUUGAAGACGGAGUAGAAGACAAUAAAUUGAAAGAGAAUAUGGAAAGAGCUUGUUUGAUGUCAUUAGAUAUUACAGAACAUGAACUCCAAAUUUUGGAACAGCAGGCUCAGAAAGAAUAUCUUAGUGAUAUUGCUUAUAAAUCUACUGAGCAUUUAUCUCCUGCUAAUAAUGAAAACGAUACAUCCUAUGUAAUUGAGAGUGAUGAAGAUUUAGAAAUGGAGAUGCUUAAGCAUUUAUCUCCCACUAAUAAUGAAAACGAUACAUCUUAUGUAAUUGAGAGUGAUGAAGAUUUGGAAAUGGAGAUGCUUAAGUCUUUAGAAAACCUCAAUAGUGGCACGGUAGAACCAACUCAUUCUAAAUGCUUAGAUAUGGAAAGAAAUCUGGGUCUUCCAACUAAAGAAGAAGAUGAUGAAAAUGAAGCUAAUGAAGAGGAAGAUGAUGAUGAUAAGGACUCUUUGUUGCCAGCACCCAACGAAGAGCAAGUUACUUGCCUCAAGAUGUACUUUGGCCAUUCCAGUUUUAAACCAGUUCAGUGGAAAGUGAUUCAUUCAGUAUUGGAAGAAAGAAGAGAUAAUGUUGCUGUCAUGGCAACUGGGUAUGGAAAGAGUUUGUGCUUCCAGUAUCCACCUGUUUAUGUAGGCAAGAUUGGCCUUGUCAUCUCUCCCCUUAUUUCUCUGAUGGAAGACCAAGUGUUACAGCUUAAAAUGUCGAACAUCCCAACUUGCUUCCUUGGAUCAGCACAGUCAGAAAAUGUUCUAACAGACAUUAAAUUAGGCAAAUACCGGAUUGUAUACAUAACUCCAGAAUACUGUUCAGGUAACAUGGGCCUACUCCAGCAACUUGAGGCUGAUAUUGGUAUCACACUCAUUGCUGUGGAUGAGGCUCACUGUAUUUCUGAGUGGGGGCAUGAUUUUAGGAAUUCAUUCAGGAAGUUGGGCUCCCUAAAGACAGCACUCCCAAGGGUUCCAAUUGUUGCACUUACUGCCACUGCAACUUCUUCAAUCCGGGAAGACAUUGUACGUUGCUUAAAUCUGAGAAAUCCUCAGAUCAUCUGUACUGGUUUUGAUCGACCAAAUCUGUAUUUAGAAGUUAGGCGAAAAACAGGGAAUAUCCUUCAGGAUCUGCAGCCAUUUCUUGUCAAAACAACAAGUUCCCACUGGGAAUUUGAAGGUCCAACAAUCAUCUACUGUCCUUCUAGAAAAAUGACAGAACAAGUUACAGCUGAACUUAGGAAACUGAAACUAUCCUGUGAAACAUACCAUGCGGGCAUGAGUUUUAGUAGAAGGAAAGAUGUUCAUCAUAGCUUUGUGAGAGAUGAAAUUCAGUGUGUCAUAGCUACCAUAGCUUUUGGAAUGGGCAUUAAUAAAGCUGACAUCCGCCAAGUCAUUCAUUACGGUGCUCCUAAGGAAAUGGAAUCAUAUUAUCAGGAGAUUGGUAGAGCUGGUCGUGAUGGACUUCAAAGUUCUUGUCACAUCCUCUGGGCUCCUGCAGACAUUAACUUAAAUAGGCACCGCCUUACUGAGAUAUGUAAUGAGAAAUUUCGAUUAUACAAAUUAAAGAUGAUGGCAAAGAUGGAAAAAUAUCUUCAUUCUAGCAGAUGUAGGAGACAAAUCAUCUUGUCUCAUUUUGAGGACAAACAAGUACAAAAAGCCUCCUUGGGAAUUACGGGAACUGAAAAAUGCUGUGAUAAUUGCAGGUCCAGAUUGGGUCAUUGCUAUUCCAUGGAUGACUCAGAGGAUACAUCCUGGGACUUUGGUCCACAAGCAUUUCAGCUUUUGUCUGCUGUGAAUAUCUUAGGGGGAAAAUUUGGAAUUGGGCUUCCAAUUUUAUUUCUCCGAGGGUCUAAUUCUCAGCGUCUUGCAGAUCAACAUCGCAGGCACAGUUUGUUUGGCACUGGCAAGGAUCAAACAGAGAGUUGGUGGAAGGCUUUUUCCCGUCAGCUCAUCAUUGAGGGAUUCUUGGUAGAAGUUCCUGGGUUUAACAAAUUUAUAAAGAUUUGCACCCUUACGAAAAAGGGUAGAGAUUGGCUUCGUAAAGCUAAUACAGAAUCUCAGAGCCUCAUCCUUCAAGCUAAUGAAGAAUUGUGUCCAAAGAAGUUUCUUCUGCCUAGCUCGAGAACUGUAUCUUCAGGCACCAAACAGCAUUCUUAUAAUCAAGUACCAGUUGAAUUAACUGCAGAGAAGAAGUCUAACUUGGAGAAGUUAUAUUCUUACAAACCAUGUGAUAAGGUUUCUUCUGGGAGUAACAUUUCUAAAAAAAGUAUCAUGGUGCAGUCACCAGAAAAAUCUUACAGUUCCUCAGAACCUGUUAUUUCGGCACAAGAGCAGGAGACUCAGACUAUGUUAUAUGGCAAAUUGGUAGAAGCUAGGCAGAAACAUGCCAGUGAAAUGGAUGUUCCCCCAGCUAUUCUGGCAACAAACAAGAUACUGGUGGAUAUGGCCAAAAUGAGACCAACUACGGUUGAAAACGUAAAAAGGAUUGAUGGUGUUUCUGAAGGCAAAGCUGCCAUGUUGGCCCCUCUGUUGGAAGUCAUCAAACAUUUCUGCCAAACAAAUAGUGUUCAGCUACACAACGGAAACAACACUUCCUCCCCCACAUCCGGGAAACAACAGAUGACAUUAGAAAAGUAGAAGACAUGGGAUAAGUAUAAAACGUUGAACAAGUUAAACACAUUCAAGGCAAUAUUAAGGGAUUAUUUUUUACUUCCAAGAAGCUCCUGGAAGCUUUGGGCAGGCACAGUUGGAUCCUACUUUAGAAAAAUCUUUCUCUAACUAUAAGUAGAAAACCCUUCUGCUUUUUGAAUGUAGCAUUUCCCUCUUUUGAUAUAGAAUAUCUUUGGCAACUUUAAAUUUUCUUUUUCAUACUGUUAUAUAAGACAUCAUGUGAAAAUUCUUAUUUCUUACUGAGUUUUUAGAAAUGAAAUGAUAAUGUCUUAAUGGUUUGGGAAAGAAUAUCAUACCUACCAGUGGUAAUUGAGUAAGUUCCCUCUCUUUGGACACUUGACAGUAGUAUCUUCUUUCAUGAAUUAGUGAUAUUAUUGAAUAAUGAAUGAAUGAUCUCUCCUAACUCCCCUUCAGGAGAGGAAACUGAAGUAGGGGAAAAGGUAAAUUCCCCAAGGGAUAGGUAUGAAACCUUUAUGAACCUUCUGGAUAGAGAAGAUGACUGCUAAUUUCUGUGAUUAGAAAUUAUACUUGGGUUAUUCUGCAAAUUGAAAUCAUUUAUUUUUUAAAAUGUCAACUUUAAUGUUUAUUAAGCAAGUUUUGUUAUUCAUGAGUUUCAUUAGCCUUUAAUAUAUUUUUUAAAUUUUGAAGUAAAAUUUCUUGCUGUCACAAUACACAUUAAAAAUUACAAAUAUGACACAUAUAUUAAAUGCAUUAAGAUGGCCAGUUAGGAAAAAUAUGCUAAAAUAUUUUUAUAUAAAUACAUUUUUUGAAAAUUUUGAGAAUUUAUGGAACAAAGUAAUGAUACAAUCCACAAAUGUACAAUUAAAGAGUUUAGGGAUAUCCAAAAUACUUGGCAAAGUAAUCUGAAAUAAUACUCUUAGGAAGGAAGGGCUACAAUGUGAUUCUAGUAAGCAAAAAUCUAAUCAAAUCAUACUGUAGUCCCAGCUACUCGGGAAGGUAAAGCAGGAGAAUGGCAUGAAGCCGAGAGGUGGAGAUUGCAGUGAGCCAAGAUUGCGCCACUACACUCCAGCCUGGGCGACAGAGCGAGAUUCCGUGUCAAAAAAAAUAAAAAAGACUGUAUGAACAUAUAUGGCAUAAAUAUGUACAAAUAUUAUUUAUUUGAAAAAAUCCAGGGGUAAGGGCAGGGUAGUUAGAAAAUACCUAAGGGUGUUCAUGAAAUAAGAUUGGCUAUGAAUGACAGUUGCUGAAACUGGGUGAUGCCCAUCUUACUCUCUCGACUUGUGUUAUGUGUUUGAUAUAUCCCACAAUAAACCUUAAAAAAAAAAGAUGAGUGGUCAAUUAUAGGAAGAUAUAAAUAGAAAAGACAGUAAGGAUGAAAGUUGGCAAAGCUUACCUAAGCACUCUUUAGAUAAAAACAUUUUCGCUGACUAGAUUUGAAUAUUAUAGUUUAAUUGGCAAGGAGAAUGCCUGAACUUAAUCUUUGUUAAGAGACUACUUAAGGCACUAUCAGAAGUUACCUUAUGGCGAGGUGCAAUCCCUCGUGCCUGUAAUCCCAGCACUUUGGCAGGCCAAGGCAGGCAGGCUGCCUGAGGCCAGGAGUUACAAAACAACCUGGGCAACAUAGCGAGACCCCACCUCUACAAAAACAAUUUUUUAAAAUUAGCCAGGCAUGGUGGUGUUAUCCUGUAAUCCCAGCUACUUAAGAUGCUUAGGCAGGAGGAUUGCUUGAGCCCGGGGAUUUGAGGCUGCAGUGAGCCAUCAUUGUGCCACAAUACUCCAGCUUGAGUGAUAGGAAAAAAAAAAAGCGUCUUUGUUAUAUUCUCAAAGUUUCAGGUGAGCUGGCUUCCUAUAUAACUCUUCUAUAGGACAGAACAUACUGGUUGGGGCCAGUGAAACUGUCCAGUUGUAUGCCUCAUAAGUUAAUGAAUUUGCUUUCUAAUGUAUACACUGAUAUUUAUACACACAUACACAUAAAACCAAGUUCAAUAGAUGGGUAGUGCAACUCUACUCCCCAAAACCCAACUACCCUGUGAUAAGAUACAUUAGACUUUUGAGAUUGCAUGGAUGAGGACUGAAAUGCUGGCCUAGAUCAUGGCGUUGCCAUAGUGGGGUGACCAGUCUGAAGAGCCAACAGUGCUUCCUCAGUAAAUACAUAUUUUGUCUUGAUAGGAUUUCUACCGAUUGCAAAAUGCAGCUAUUCUGAAACUGUAAAAGAGAAACAGAAGCAUGUAACACCUGGGAGUGUUUUAUUAGGCCCACCAUAUGCUCAGAACAUGAAAUCUCCGCUGCUAGGGUUAUUUGAUUGAAAUUGUCUUUUGUGUUGAUGUGAGAGUUUAGUUCUGAGAUUCUUCCCGAUGUAAAAUGUAAUCCCCCAAAAGGUUUGGCAAGCAUGUUUUAUUGCCUUGGGUCAGAUAAUUCAAAUUCUAACAUUAGGCAUCAUCUAUAUAGCAUGUAAAAAGUAAAACAGAAACAUUUAUGUUUCUCACCAAGCAGUAAAUUAAUACUCAACUAAUACAUUUCUUAAACUCCCUAAUAACAGAGUAUGGAAACAAAAAAUGAAUUUCUUUCCAAAAGAAAAGCUCAUAGAUACGUUUACUCACAUAUGUAUACAUAGUAGAGUAGAUCACAUGAUAAAUAACCUUAUAAAAAUGAUACCAAUAGCAUUCAUCAAGAGACGAGGCACUUCUUUAAAUUAUUAAUUUAGUUUGUUACAGAUUUUAUUAUGGCUAUAGUAUGUUGUUUUAAUCUACCUUUUAUGUGUAGUUAAAAAAAAAAGUUGUCUAUCUCUUUACCUUUAUUUCAGCCUUUAAAAAGAUUCCAUUAUUUUUUCAUUAAUCUUGUUUUUCAAUCAUUCCCCAUUUUUUCUUUUAAACAUUUCUUAAGGAACCAUAUUUAAGAUUUUAUAGAAUACUUAGAUUUCUAGUUGGGGUGUAUCAUUUAAAAUUAGAUGUGUAGAGAGAGUGUUAUGAUAUAUUUCGUUAUGAUAUAUUAGUGGUUAUAGUACCUAAAAUCGAAUAGUGAUUCUGUUUGUUCGUUCGUUCGUUCAUUCAUUCAUUCAUUCAUUCAUUCAUUCAUUCAAUAUUCACUUCCAGGGAUUGGGGACUUACUUAAAGACAGAGUGGUUCACAUUAUACUUCCUUUUUUUAGUCCUGCUUAUUGGUUAAAGAGAAGACUAGGAAAUGUUUGUUAUUACAAAUAUUUUGUUAAAAAUUAAAUUUGUGUGCUCUAACAUUAUUUUACCUUUUUAAAUCAAUACGUUAAAAAUCCAACUUCUUUUUGAGCUCCCCAUAAAAAGGGAAUUAUUUGUUGCUUAUAGGUUUAACUUGUGUUUAUUUUUUUCUUAAUGGCUAAUGAUCAUAUUUAUAUUCUAUUGUUAUAUUGAUAUUAUUGAUCAUUUGUGCUACAUUUAAAAUU